AUGGACAUCGUGGGACCAUUUCCCAUGCCGACGGGUCAGCGAAGGUUCUUGCUCAUUGCUGUGGACUACUUUUCAAAAUGGGUGGAGGCUGAGCCCUUGGAGGCGACUGACGUAACACCAUUCCAGCUGGUGUACAGAGGAGAAGCGGUGGUUCCUGUAGAGGUUGGAGUAGAAUCCGAUCAGGUGCAACUCUACGACGAGGGAAAUGGUGAGCGAAGGUUAAUGGAGCUCGACUUGAUGGAUGAAGUGCAGGAUAAAGCGGUCGUUAGACUAAUGGCUUACCGACAGCGAAUGAGACAGAACUACAAUAGGAGGGUGAUCCUGAGGUCCUUUCAGGUAGGUGAUCUGGUGUGGAAGAAAAUCAAGUCGGUCGGCGACGUCACCAAACUUGAGGCACAAUGGGUGGGACCUUACAAGGUCGUACAGAAACUUCACUCGGGGGCCUAUUACUUGGAAGAAGAAAACGGGAGAUGA